UGCCUUCAGACGGUGCUGAGGCGCACCGACAGGCUCUCGCACGGUUCAUGAUUCUCGGGCUGACACCGCAGCCGGCCGUGCUCACCCCCCUCCGGACCCUCACCGCCGUGAAAGGCGGGCACACCAGGUCUCCAGGGAGUUCCAGCUUUCCCCCCCCAAAAUAAAAUCAAAUAAAAGAAGAAAUUCUAGAGAGACCCUGGGAGCUUUGAAUUCAUACCUUUCCAGCACUAAAAGAACAAGAUGAACACCGCAGGAUGAUGUAGCUCUUGCUGAUGCCCUCCAUGCAACUUAUUCCCCUGGCUGACAUAACUGGAUAACUGGUGACCGUGGGAUCAAUGGAGCAAUCUGGGAAGGAUCUGAACCUCUCCUUUCUGCUGGAACAUGAACGAGAAAUGAUCCUGAAGGUGCUGCAGAAAGACGAGAAGCUGAGGAAAAGAGAGGAGAAGAGGAUUCGGAGGCUGAAGAAUGAGCUGCUGGAGGUCAAACAAAAGGGUUUCAUCCGGCCCCAGGAUUUGGGAGCUCGACAGUGCACUCGCUGCCUCAAGACUCUGGGCCUGAUCUUCGACCGGGGCGAUCUCUGCGAGGAGUGCCAGUCUCGAAUCUGCAGCAGCUGCCGUGUUGUGAACCCCAGAACACGCGAGUGGAGAUGUACCUUCUGUGACAAGCUCACGGAGCUUAAGGUGUCGAGCGGAGAGUGGUUCCUGGAGGAGAGGUCUAAGCGCUUUGAGCGGGGGCAGUUGAGCAGUGAGGUGGUCAAACAGACGAUCCUGAGCACCCCGCUGAGCCCAGAAGUAAAAAAGGCCGCCCCUUCAAAGCAAGAGAAACCUGAGCCUGCAGUAUCCAACAGAUUAACUGUACUCAACGGUGCCAGGAGAAAAGGGGGUGGUGCAGAGGGUAUGGAGUCCAUGGCAUCCAAAAACCUACGUCCCCGGUCUCUGGACAGAUCGUCCAAUCUUGACGCUAAUCGGAGGGUCAGGCCUGAAGGAGCAGAGAGUGACGACCCUGAGGGCGCACCUGAGAAGAAACCUUCUGGCCCGAGCAUUUCUGUAUCCAGGCCCUCGGUUUCAUCAGAUCACAGUCGAUCAGAGUGUGACCUGUUAUCUCCCGGCUCUGAACCCAGUGACAAUGCCCUCUCUGUCAGAAGCCGCUCAGUCCCCGGCCUCAACGAAACGGAGUUUUCUGACGAGGAUGAGGACAUCGAUGCCCUGAUGUCAGCCCACAGCAAGAUUACGAGCAGACGCCUCAGCAACGCCGUGUCAACGUCUUCCACUCCUGGAUCAGAAAGAAGGUGGGGGUACCUCAAUGUCCCCGACUCAGAUGCUGAGACUAGCAGUAUAAACAGCACGAUGAGCAUGUACAGCGAGACCGGUGACUAUGGCAACGCAAAGGUGAGCGGCGAGAUCCUGCUCAAUGUCAGCUACAGCUACAAGACCGGCGCUCUCAGUGUCCUUGUGAAAGAAUGUCACAACCUGGCAGUAGGAGAUGAGAGGAGGCAGCGCACAGAUGCGUAUGUGAAGACUUACCUGUUGCCAGAUAAAUCCCGACAGAGCAAGAGGAAGACGAGCAUCAAGGCCAACACCAUUAACCCUGUUUUCAAUGAGACUCUGCGGUAUGUGAUCAGCCACUCGCAGCUGGAGACACGAACCCUGCAGGUGUCCGUAUGGCACCACGACCGGUUUGGACGCAACAGCUUCCUGGGAGAAGUGGAGCUGGCCUUUGACGCCUGGAAAUUCGAUUGCCACAUAGAGGAGUGGUACACGCUGCAGCCCAAGGUGGAGGGCAGUAUAGACUCAAUGCUCCAGUAUAAAGGAGAACUGACUGUUGUGUUGAAAUACAUCCCUGAGGGAAAGAACGUCACACCGACUGCGGACCAAGUACAAGUGAAAAAGAGUUUUCUGAAGGGCAAGAAGACGAGCCCUUUAACUCUGCCUGAAGGGGGCAUGGUUGAGCUGCUGGUCAAAGGAGCCAAAAAUCUCACUGCUGUCAAGUCUGGAGGCUACUCGGAUCCUUUUGUGAAAGGAUACCUCCUUCCUGAUAGCAACAAGUCAACCAAGCACAAGACCGUGGUGGAGCGACACACCGUGAACCCACAGUGGAACCACACCUUCACCUACUGCGGCCUGCAGCCAGGAGACCUCAACAACGUCUGCCUGGAGCUGACUGUGUGGGACAAAGAAACUGUGUCCAGCAACGUCUUCCUGGGAGGGGUGAGGCUGGGAGCUGGCACAGGGGAAAGCUAUGGGAAGCAGGUCGACUGGAUGGACUCGUACGGGGAGGAAAAGCGGCUGUGGCAACGAAUGAUUGAAAAUCCUGAAGUCCCUCAUGAGUGCACUCUGAUGCUGCGAUCCAGCAUGUGCAAGCACAAUACAUGAACCCAAACGAAGCACAGCUAGAGAAAAGACUGAGACUGAAAGGGAGAAGGGAAAGAAGUUGUCUGAAGGUUUGAGGAGGAGCUAGAAAAGUGGAGCGGUCAAGGGGUAAAAAAAGAAAGCAGUGAAGGGGUCAGGACUCAGAAUAGGAACAAAGCCCGUGCCUCUCCCUGCUUCUUUUCUCUUCAGAUCCCUUCUCCCAUCCACAGCAGCCAGUCAUGCCUUACAAAUUCAUUCACAUGUGCCCCUCAAUCCUCAAAAGCAUCUAGUCUUGACCAAACACUGCUGUUUAUGGAAAACCAAGUGCUGUAUUUAACAUACUGUACCUUCUGAAUAAGCACAGGGUGACUCCCAAUAUGUCCGUCUGUGUCUCUGUGAGUCAUUUCUGCAUGUAGCUGCUGGAGACCAUUCACAAGGCAUUAGACGAGGCACCGAUCAGUUAUAAAUAAAUGUGAACACUCCCCUUAUAAACAGCAAAGCUGAAUCCUGCUUUGAAGCACAUGGGAUGUUGAGUUCAUCCCCUCAAACAGCUGUGUACAGGUGUAGAAAGUGACUCACUCUUACUACUGUGCUGCUCAAGAAGUACUUUCACUUGAAUUUACUUCUUCAUAGGCUUUCUUUUAGAUUAAGGAAGAGAUUAGCAACAGAACACUUGAUGAAGAGAUUUAAAUUACAUAUACAUACAUAUAAUUUAAUAAAAUGAAAAAUUAAAUUAAAUUUACUCAGCUGACAUUAAAAUAGAAGAGCAGGAAAAAAGUCACUUUUGAGAAGCUCGGUGUAGCUGGGUAAUUUUUCCAUGGAUAGUAAAGCAAUGGAAGGAUGUUGUGAAUCCUGUACAUUCAUUGUCCCCAUAGGAUGUACCCUCAGGUUGAUAAUAAUUCCCUAAUAUUCCCUUGGGCUUUGCCUGCAGGAGGAAGGUUUCACUUAUCCUGUAAAGUGGUGUUAUAUCAAUGUUCAAAACUGCUGUGCUGGUGAACUAUGAAUAGUUCCUGGUUGGCGCAUCCUAGUGAACCCAACUUCCUCAAUCAGCCGCUCAAGGGUCGCAUUUGAAUUUUGAGUGCAAUAUCUUUAACCUAUAAACUGUGUGAACAAAAUGUUAUGGCAUUCAUAACCCUCUUAGAAUUUUUCUUUUAAUAACUCUUGCGAUCUGAACAUUUGUUUAGUGUCCCCAUCUGGUCAGAACAAAGUGCUAAUUUGCAAAUGUUAGCAUGCUAACACAGUAAAGCUAAACAUCACACUAUCGGUAUGCUAACUGUAGCAUUUAGGUUUGCUGCUUGCAUGGCUGUUGUCCUUUGAAAGUGCAUCUGCACGGGAAGCGAUUUGCAGUAAAAUGCUACAGGAAGUCAAUGACAUUUGGCAACUUUAAACUACUAUGGGUGGACGAGGGAGGGGGGGGAACACUGCCACAAAGUGGAUGGGUACUGAGACAAGCUUUUAUCAACUUCAAGGCAAGUGGCUGAAGCAAGUACUAAGUAAAUUAGAGGGUUAACUAGUAACCACAUAUAACCCUAACCCUUACCCUGGAAUUUAUGCGUCGUUUACCAAAACGAUGGGUCAAGCAAAUCGCUCCCUGUGUGUAUGCAGCUUUAUGCCAGGUUCAGACGACACUAUGGCCUUUGAGAUUACGCUGCUAUAGACUGAAAUUAUUUGACCAGUAAUAGAGGUAAUUUGUGCACAUUGCUUGAGUUGUCCGUCAUAUUGAAUGCCAUGCAACCACCGGUCAUGAGUAAAAUCUGUAUUCCCCAACUGGUUUGCAAGUGGUUGCUGCACCAAAAACCUCCUUGUAAUUGCUUUGGCUGUUAGCAGAGUGUCAAGUUUGGCUGUAAUUUGUGUGAAAGAUGCCUUCUUGCCUAGAAACACUCACUAACAACUAGCAAAGUGCUAAAUAAACUUUAAAAAGUGCAAGGCAAAUGGAAAACCCAGAACUUUCACCUUCAAAGUAAAAGUCAAAGGUGCAACUGUUGAGGUUAUUAUCGCACUUUUCACAACGGCGCUACCACUCCACCAGUGAGUAGCUGGCAAGUCUCUGACAAUAACUACAACCUGAACAGUCUGCUAGCAACCAAGGCAACAAACACAAAUACAUGUUCUUAAACAGGUCAGGGAUUUUUGCUGUCAACUGGUAAGUGCCAUCAGUCUCUAGGGCUGUGUGACCCAACACUUGACCCAAAAUCCGCACUUGACCCAACAUUGUCGCAUGUACAAAACAGCAGACAAGUAACAUGAUUGGAAAAUGUCACUAGCCAGUAGUUUGCAUUCUUUCAUGACCUGUGUGAUGUGCACAAUGCUUGUUUUCUACCCCAACCCCUGACACCUUUCUGCUGUUUUGUAGUCCAAACCUGACGUAGUCCUAUUCUUUGAGGGAAAAAAAGAAAGUUGCUUUGUUUUUUUUGUUUUGUUUGACUAAAUAAUUACAGAUUACCCAGCUUAGACUAGCUUUGAUGUAAAUUGCGUAACACUGUAUCAGUGUGAUAAUAGAAAAUGCAUGGUAUUAGAGAAAAAGAAAAGAUUAUAUAAAGCACUGACAUUGUCACUUUACUCCUAGAAAACAGAGUUAUUUGAAGUGCGUUCCCAGCAACCCCUGAGAAGUGCGUUCCCAGCAACCCCUGAGAAGGAGGCUGUUUGCUAAGAGUGAGUCAGCACUGAGGCGAGCGCCUCCAUCUCAGUAAUGAGCCAGUGACAGUCGGUGACCUUGCCCCUGUUGCCCGGAGCUCUGUGGUCCACCGUCAUGCGAUGAAACGCACAGUUGACAAAAACUCAUCUCAAGAUAAACUCCGUGGAGCAAUUCUUUAUGUGGAAUGCCAAUUUUGUCUGCUUGUCCUCUGAAAACCGUCCGCUCUCAGCUCCCAGUCUGACACCCAGUUAUAGUAAUAAUACAUGUGUUAACUGUCCAGCAUACAUGACAAGUCGCGCAAUACCCAAUUACUGAGAAAACUCUUGAUGUACAGCAUGUACUCUCUGUUGUCUGGUUUCCAUGCAUCAGAUUCACUGUUUGAAAGCCUAUUUCAUCCCAAAUGUGUUACGAGAAUAUUUUGAAUUAAACACUCUUUCCAUA